UGCUGAAGAGCGGAGCCUCCGCCCGGGGGACCCCCGUCCCCGCCUGUCCCCACAACUGCGUGUCCCCACCCCAACACCCCCGCCAAGCCACCGCUGGUGUGGCGGUCUCCGCUCGGCAGAAGAGCCUUGAGCGGUCACCCGACCCCUCUCUACAGCUUCUUUGCAUCUCGGAUUUCGGGGCGGCCCCCUCCCCCACCUCUCCCUCCCUCCUCGCACCCCGAUCUUUCCUGCGCUUCGCUCGGGUUUUGCAGCCGUCUAUUUUUGCAUCCCUUUUCAUUUUGCUUCUGGGAGGUUUGAGGGUUAAAGCUGCGUUCGCACCCCUUCCCCUUUUUAUCCUUCCCUGCUCGGACAACCCCGCUUUUCAUCGCAGUCAGGGGCCCUAGGAUCUGCACAUCCUACGCUGCGCGGCCAGCACCCCGCGGCGCGUGGCCCUGCACCCCGGAAUUUGCAGCAGCUGCACAUCUGAGGGGGGUCUCCCUCGUCUCUGCUGUCUUUGCUCCCCGCGCGUUCUGGUGCGUGUGGGGGGGCUUCAACGCGCCGCACCCGGGCUUCUCCGCAGCCCCCGCCCUGCGCGGGACUCGCCCCCCGCCGUCAAGAUGGUCAUCCAGAAAGAGAAGAAGAGCUGCGGGCAGGUGGUUGAGGAGUGGAAGGAGUUCGUGUGGAACCCGAGGACGCAUCAGUUCAUGGGCCGCACCGGGACCAGCUGGGCCUUCAUCCUCCUCUUCUACCUCGUCUUCUAUGGCUUCCUCACCGCCAUGUUCAUCACCAUGUGGGUGAUGCUGCAGACUGUCUCUGACCACACCCCUAAGUACCAGGACCGGCUGGCCACACCAGGCCUGAUGAUUCGUCCUAAGACUGAGAACCUUGAUGUCAUCGUCAACGUCAGUGACACUGAAAGCUGGGACCAGCAUGUUCAGAAGCUCAACAAGUUCUUAGAGCCUUACAAUGACUCCAUCCAAGCCCAAAAGAAUGAUGUCUGCCGCCCUGGGCGUUACUAUGAACAGCCAGAUAACGGAGUCCUCAACUACCCGAAACGUGCCUGUCAGUUCAACCGGACCCAGCUGGGCAACUGCUCCGGCAUCGGGGAUUCCACCCACUAUGGUUACAGUACGGGACAGCCCUGUGUCUUCAUCAAGAUGAACCGGGUCAUCAACUUCUACGCAGGAGCAAACCAGAGCAUGAAUGUUACCUGUGUGGGGAAGCGAGAUGAAGAUGCCGAGAACCUCGGCAGCUUCGUCAUGUUCCCUGCGAACGGCAACAUCGAUCUCAUGUACUUCCCUUACUACGGCAAGAAGUUCCACGUGAACUACACGCAGCCCCUGGUGGCCGUGAAGUUCCUGAAUGUGACCCCCAACGUGGAGGUGAACGUGGAGUGUCGCAUCAACGCCGCCAACAUCGCCACGGACGACGAGCGCGACAAGUUCGCCGGGCGCGUGGCCUUCAAACUCCGCAUCAACAAAACCUGAGGCUCUUUCCUUCCGCCCCCACCUCUUUCCUAUGGAUGCUUCUGGAAUAUCCCUGACCUUGCCUGAACCCCUCCCUCACCCACCCCAAAGGUAUUUUUUAUAACAGAGCUAUGGCUUGUCUGAGCCGCCUGCUCUUUUUUCCUUUGCUUCCGAACCCAGCCUGACCUCCAGUCCCUGGCGAGUCCCUGGCCACACCCAUUGGUGUCCAUCUUCCUCCCACCCGAGCUCAGUCGGAGACGGGGAGAUGGGGCCCCCAAGACGGUCACAGGAGUCAGGAGCCUUUGAGUGCUGGUGGGGCUGUGCGUGGGAUGUCCUCAGAGCUGCCCCACGGGUCCUGCCCGCCUUUCCCCUGAGAGCCAUAGAGAAUGCCCACCCACUCACCGCCCAGCCCCAGGCUCAUUCACCCACCUGCAAACACUCAGGGCUCAUUUCAGCCCUUAGCAUCUAGACCCCAACGCGGCCCGUCAUUCUUUUGUUGCUGAUGCUCAUUGAAAUGUAGUUGAUCUACACACACCCUCACCAAGUAGUUCCAGGUGCGCAGGAGGGCGAUUUGAUAUUUCUGUACCUUGCAAAAUGGUCACGGAUGUGGCGCUCCACCCUUCCAUGCAAGCUCUGCCACCAUCAGCGUCUUGUCUCCCACACCCUCGGCCUUGUCUACCACAGUCGCUGUCUUGGUGGCUUCUGACUCCGUUGGCUCCUGUGGCGGGUCUUUCCCCAGGUCUGCAUCCCCCUUCCCUGCACUGAAAGGGGGUCGUUUGUAAUUGAGGACAAGGUGGCCCUGUGGCCUUUUGCCUCUUUCCUCUCCAGCUUCUAACCCCAUUCUGGGAAUGAGGGUCUGAAGACGUUCCAUGUUGGUUCUUGAAAAUUCUCUUCCUGGACCCUCCUCUCACCCAACCAGGCACUCCUCAGAGGGCCGGGGUUGACCUAGGCUGAAUAUCUACUUUGUUUUGGCUGAUGGCUCCCUUCCCCCUAUUGGCUUUCCCAGAAUAUCUUUCAAGUUCCACUUCCCAGGCGCCCUGGGGGAGGAGCAGCCACUUUGGCUGGGUCCCCAGUGGCCACCUUGGAAACGUCAGCCGGCUAUGGGCCGAUUCCACCUCCUUCCCCUGGGCCCAGACCUGCCCCCACCGUCCUCUCUCUGGCUUCUCUUAGCAAGUUAUCAACGAAGCGCUAACUCCUUCCCUUGCCUCCGCAUGCCAGCCUGAAAAUGGCAAACACCUCCUCAGUCUAAGGCUCUGAAUUUCUUGGCUCCCGUCUCCUUCAGACCCCUUUGCCUUCUGAAACAACCCCAUAGUGCCCUAGAAUGUUAAAUGAGGGACCUCUGGUGCGCUUGAGUCACAGUGGCAUUUUAACUCGUGCUUCCCCCGCGCCUCCACUGGCUCCCCUCUACCUUCCCUUUGCUUUUUUGAUGCUGCAGCUUCCACACCCCACCCGCAGUGGGACCCUUGCCUCUUGUUCUCUCGCUGGAUCUUGAGUCUCUUCCCUCUGGGUCCCAGUGUUUUCCUGCACUCCCCUCACCCCAGUGGUCUCUCUCUGCAGUUAUUUAAUGCCUGUGUCAGAUCUACUGUAAAAAGAGGAUAAAGUACAAUAAAAUGAGAGCGAUUAUAUAUAUAAAUAUAUAUCAUACACGAA